AUGAGCUUCUUCAGGAGUUUCGCUCUCUUUGCCGCACUUCUCCUCGUCGUACGAUGUUGGAGCAACUCGGCGCAAGGAAUCGACGACCAUGAGGCGCAAGCCUAUUUGAAUCGAAGAAUGGCUGCCUUGCGUCAAUUGGAGACAGGCCGAGCGUUGUCCUCACCAUGGGAUCAAGAGUUGAAGAAACGAUCACCACAUCAGAUUGAGCAACGAUCCGCGUUAAAUUCAUUCAAGAACUGCUAUUUCUCGCCGAUUCAAUGUGUGUUAAUGGAGCGAAGAAGAAAG